AUGCCGCUCUGUCUGACAGGUGCCCUACGAACUUGCAUGCCAGUGCGUCUCUGUGAAUUGUUUUGUUGUGUUCGCAAUAAAGUGUUUUUCCUGCGAAAAAAGCCAUUUUCCCGAGAAAAGGCGGAUGGAAACUCCGAAAAAGAGCAUGGGAUUGGAUUUCGACGUGGUGGAGUAUAUAAAAACAAUACGUGGAGCUGCUCCACCAUACAAAUGCCCCGUGGACAAAUGCGAUAAAUCCUACAAGUCGGCUAUUGGAAUGCAGUACCAUCUGCUGAAUUUUGACCAUGACACCGGUACUACCAUUACGCCCGUGGUGACGCCCUCACGCAAGAAGGGGCGCACUCGAGUACCUGGGACGCCUCAGAAAGUGCCACCGACGGAGGCACCCAAGGAGGCGGUCACGUACAAUGAAGCCCUGGGUGUGGUUCAAUUUGAGAUUGAGGGUAAGACAAUGGAGUUGUCUGUGACAGAGGAUCUUCCAUUGAUGGAUUUGGAGGAGUACCAGAAGUUAGUGGAGAAGGGUCAAGCAGCUCCAGCUGUUGAGCCUCAGUCAGAGCCGCAUAUUAAGCUUCCGGAGGCUGCAGUGAAGGAGCUGAAGAAUUAUAAUAUUUGCGACGCUCCUCCAAGGCCUAAUGCCUACAUCCGGUUUAUUGAGAAGUCUGCUGAGGAAUUGGACGGGGAGGUUGAGUAUGAUGUGGAUGAGGAGGAUACCACCUGGCUGGGAAUUAUUAAUGAAAAACGUGCCAGUCAGGGUCUCAAUCCAGUCAGUGUGGAUUCUCUGGAGCUGCUGAUGGAUCGCCUGGAGAAGGAAUCUUAUUUUCAGGCAGCAGCCAAUGGACAAAGUGGCUCAGUGGUUGAUGAUGAUGCUGUCUGUUGCAUUUGCAUGGACGGUGAAUGUCAGAACACAAAUGUCAUCUUGUUUUGUGACAUGUGUAACCUGGCUGUACAUCAGGAUUGCUACGGUGUACCCUAUAUUCCUGAGGGUCAAUGGCUCUGUCGGCGGUGCCUACAGUCCCCAAGUCGGCCCGUGGACUGUGUUCUGUGCCCCAACAAAGGAGGCGCCUUCAAACAAACCGAUCGUUCCCAGUGGGCUCAUGUCGUGUGCGCCCUGUGGAUUCCGGAAGUGAGAUUUGCCAAUACCGUCUUCCUGGAGCCCAUUGAUUCCAUCGAGACAAUUCCGGCUGCUCGCUGGCGCCUGUCUUGCUAUAUUUGCAAGCAAAAAUCCGUUGGGGCUUGCAUCCAGUGCCAUCGGACAAAUUGCUAUGCUGCCUUCCAUGUCACAUGCGCUCAGCAGGCUGGUCUUCAUAUGCGCAUGGACACCGUACGGGACAGCGUGACGGGGAAUGAGGCUCAGCCUAUUAUUGUUCAAAAAACAGCCUACUGCGAUGCCCAUACUCCAGCCGGAUCGGCAGAAACGCCUGAAACCGAAGCUUCAGAGAAGGCACGCGAAGAAUCUCGGAAUAAAAUGAAGCAGGCCCGGAAGUUGCUGGCCAAAAAACGCACUUCCGUCCCGGUCAUUCUCAUCCCAACAAUCCCACCUGAGCGAGUCCAGGAGAUUGCUCAGUUGGUGAAUAUUCAGAAGAAAUCUCCAUUUAUUCAACGCCUCAUAGCCUACUGGACCCUCAAGAGGCAGUAUCGCAAUGGAGUACCCCUGCUGAGGCGUCUGCAGAGCCAAGGGCAGUCUCACAGUGCCUUUGGGACAGGUCGCAGUGGUAUUGAGGGAUCUCCUGACACAUCGGAACUGUAUCAGCAACUGAAGUACUGGCAGUCACUGAGGCAGGAUCUCGAGAGGGCAAGACUCUUAUGCGAAUUGGUGCGCAAGAGGGAGAAGUUAAAGGUGGCACUGUUCAAAGUCCAGGAGCAAACGCUAAUGAUGCAACUCAAUCCCGUAGAGGCGGCCAUGAAGAAACUUCUAGAGGGACUCGAACAGAAGGAUACCACAGAGAUCUUCAGGGAACCCGUGGACGUCAAUGAAGUUCCCGACUACACGGACAUUGUUAAGCAUCCGAUGGAUCUCAGUACAAUGGCCACAAAGCUCAAGAAUGGAGCCUAUGAGAGUCUCGAUGAUAUGGAAGCUGAUUUCGAUUUGAUGAUUCGCAAUUGCCUGGCCUACAACAACAAAGACACUAUUUUCUACCGUGCUGGUGCUCGAAUGCGUGAUCAGGGUGGAGCAUUGUUCAAAGCCGUGCGUAAGGAUCUAGAAAAGGAAGGUUUAAUCAGCAUCAAGAAGACCGAUGAGAUUGUGGGACAGGAAAUCGACGAAGAAGUGAAGAUUUUGCUGCAGCAACCUCCAAAUGAGAAGAUUGUGACGAAAUUGCAGAUUCUCCUCGAGCGAGCAGUAGCUCGUCAUGGACUGACCAAGACCAAGAGAGUGCGUCAGAUCAAGUUAGAAAUUGCUAAGAUGAAGCGUGCCAUUGCCAAACAAGAAACAGCCGGAGAGAGUAAAGUGGAAGUAACAGUUGCAGCAAAAGAUACUCGUGCUUCAGAUUCUGGUGUCAAACGAGAAGAUCAGAUCGCACAGACACCACCGUGCAGUCCAAUGAAAACUCCCAACAAUUCAGCUUCUCCAUCUGGUGUCAAUCGCCGAACGGCAGUUCUGUUCACGAGAAAGGCUCAGGCUGUCAAAAAACCCGAUUUACCAAUGAAGGAAGAUUCAUCAUGUGACAUACAGAUUCCGGAUAAAACAAAGGCGGCCAGAAAGCCAGGACGGAAGAAGACCAGUUCAACGAGAAAAAGUGUCGAUGACAAUUCCUUUGAACGGACUAAAGAGAGAAAAUCCACUCCAACGGCCAGUGGAAGUCCCAAGAAGUCAUCACCGGUGAAGGAACCACCCUUUGAUAACAUCCCAGACAGCUUUCGUGUGUACAGAACACAGCCCAAAAGGGAUGUGCCAGAUUCCGAUGAGAGUGACAUGAGCUUCACGCACAGCACCUGCAGCAGCUGCAGCGGAUUCAUGGAUGAUGGAAGUGGAUCAGAUUUUGGAUCCAGCUUCGAUGAUGAUUCCUCGUACAGCGAUAGUGAAGUUCACUCUAGUGAGAAUGAGGAAGGCAAGGCGCAGCGUGAAGAUAAACCAGCCUCCUUGGAGGCACUUCAAUUGGUUUGGGCUAAGUGUACGGGCUACCCUUGGUACCCUGCCCUCAUAAUUGAUCCUCAAAUGCCCAAAGGUUUCGUACACAAUGGCGUUCCGUUGCCUGUACCUCCGCAGGAUGUGCUGGCGUUGCGCAAGAACAACACUGAACCUGUCUUCCUCGUGCUGUUCUUCGAUGCUAAACGCACUUGGCAGUGGCUGCCAGCUAACAAAUUGGAGCUUCUUGGAUUGGAUAAGGAAGUUGAUCAAGCCAAGUUGACAGAGUCCAGAAAGCCAAAAGAGCGCAAAGCCGUCAAAAAAGCAUACCAGAACGCUCUCGUUUAUCAAAAUCAAGUGUCCGAGUUGGAAGGAGGACAAAGUGGUAGGACACGCACUUGACGCUUUCUGUUUUGAACGAUGAAGUAAUAAGAAAAAAACGCAUCUUCGUUCCAUUCUCUUUAUUAUAAAUUUUUCAUUCAAUAAAUCUUCGAGAUAUUUUCA